UCACGCCAUUAAUUCCCCCCAGUCUCUUCCAGGCAUCCCCAGUUGAUCCCGGUCCCCUCCAGUGUGCCCCCACUGUCCCCAGUCCCUUCCUAGUGCAUUCCAGUCCCCAUCCCCCAUAGCGUUCCCAAAUCCCUCCCUGUUUGUCCCAGUGCCCCCCAGUGUCCCUCCCCAGCCUUCCCAGUGUCCCCCAAUAUGUCCCCGUACCACUCAAGUGCCUCCCAAUGCAUCCCAGCCCCCCUCAGUGUCCCCCCACAGCCUCUCCCAGUCCAUCCCAGUCCCCCCCAGUUGCGGUCUGGGCAAAGACGGAACUGCCCGGGGCCCUGGGAGGUGCCACCUGGGGGUGUCCUGUGUCAUCCCCCCCCCCAAUGUCCCCAACCCUGUCCCCUCCCCGGGGAUAAAGUGGCUCCAGUCACAGCAGUAGGACAGACUGGGACCAUGAGAGUGCAGCCUGGACAAAUGAAGGUCCCCCCUGUCCUCUUCCUCCUCCUCCUCGGCCUCACAGAGCAAUGGGGACCCUUGGGGACAUCAGGGACUCCCGUGGGACCCUUGGGGGGGGUCCUGUACCCCUUCGGGCCAGGCGUGGGGGAUGAGCCCACUCCCCAUGAGGAUGACGGGACGAGCCCCGAGAUCUUUCUGUGGGAAAACUUCUCCUUCUUCGGGAGCGGCCACCACUCUUGCUAUGUGAACAACAAUGGGGUGGUGUCGUUUGGGACGAGGGUCCCCGAGUUCACCCCCCAGCCCUUCCCACUGCCUGGCCACCGCCCCUUCGUGGCCCCGUAUUGGGCUGACGUGGACACGCGGCUGGGGGGAGAUGUCUGGUACCGCCAGAGCCGUGACCCUGAGCUGCUGGAGCGCCUGGCAAAGGACCUGGCACCCACUGUGCCCCCAGGGGACCCCCCACCGCGCCCCACCUGGGCCCUCGUGGCCACCUGGGACCGUGUGGCCUAUUUUGGGGCCGCCUCAGACAAGGUGAACACUUUCCAGGCCGUGCUGGCCUCCGAUGGUGUCACCUGCUUUGUCCUGCUCAACUACGGGGACUUGCAGUGGACAACAGGCAUUGCCAACAUGGGGGACCCCCACACUGGACUGGGGGGCAUCCCCGCACAGGCCGGCUUUAACAGUGGGGAUGAUGUGCACUACUACAACGUGCCAGGGUCCCGCACGCCCACUGUGCAGACCCUCGGCCACCGCAGCAACCUGGGGGUCCCAGGGCGCUGGGCCUUCCGUGUCGACCACUUCGAGGCCACUGAGGGGCCCCUCGAGAUGCCCUCAAGGACCCCCAGGACUCCCUCAGUGCCCCCCGAGUCCCGCAGGACCACGGCAGAGCGGGUGUAUAACUGCGGGUUGUGAGCAGGUGACACCCGGGGCUCUGGGGAGGGGGCUGUGCCUGCACACCUGGGGCACCUGAGACCCCUCCCCUCAGCCCCCCCCGGAGGCCACGUGGUGAUAGGAACACCAAUAAACAUCUGUUGAGCAA